UCGACACUUCAGAACCGCACUCUCAAGGGGCCCAACCGCAGAACUGCAAGAUGGUUCAAAGAUGUUUUACAUUGUUAAUGUCAUGCUUAAUUACAUGGUCCUUGUGGGAAACCAAAAGUGCCUGGACGCUGCGUGUUGGAGACUCGCCUGGCCAGGAGCGGCAAGAUCUUGACGCGCAUCUCGGCUGCAGCUUUGAUGAUGAGGGGCUCCCGCUGUGCGGCUGGACUCAGUCAGGCGAUGACACCGGAGACUGGAUCAGGAACUCGGGAGCAACCCCCAACCCCAACACCGGUCCACCUGGGGACCACACCAACGGAUAUCCGGCCUCCGCAUAGCGCCUUGCUGGCUCCGCCUUUAGGUUCCGCCCCUGCUCACCUCGCAUCCGAUUGGACCCGAGCCUCCUUCUACCUCUACCUGGACUCUGCAUCCGUGGGAGCUGGGGGAGGAGUGAGGCUCCUGAGCCCCAGCAUCAACACCAACCAGAACGUGUGCCUGAGCUUCUGGUAUCACAUGUUCGGCGAUGAACUUAUGACCCUGAACGUGCACGUGCUGGAGGACGGUGGAGAGAGACACGUGUGGCGCGCGGAGGGGCAGCAGAGCAUCGCCUGGCUGCAGGGAACCGUCACCAUCCAGGCCAGGCCAGACACCCAGGUUAUCCUGGAGGGGAUUCGGGGAGCAUUAAGAUUGAGUGAUAUAGGCCUGGAUGACAUUUCCGUGGCUGAGGGAAAUUGUUUUGAGUGUGUGAGCGGAUGUGAUUUUGAUGAAAUGGGAGACUUCUGUGGCUGGCAGAACAGCGGAGGGGACGUGGGCUGGGAGCAUUGGACUGGUCCCACAGUAACUGAGAACACUGGUCCUGACGAUGACUUUUCACGCCCUGGCUUUGGGAAUUACCUGCUGCUGGACUCUGAGUACAACAAACCUGGAACGGCGCUGCUGCUAGAGAGUCUGGCUAUCCCCUCCUCUGGGUGCCUCGUCCUGAGCUUCCACUACUUCCUGUAUGGGUCAGCAGAGAACAUGGCCAUCAACGUUUACAUCAACAAAGCUGUCAAUGGACAACCCGUGUGGACUGUUCAGGGAAACCAGGGAGAACAGUGGAUUUUAGCUCAAGUCAUGUUCCCUGAGUCCGGAAAUGUUCAAUUUGCCAUCGAAGGAGUGCGUGGGGAGACACCUGAGAGCGAUAUUGCUGUGGACAGCGUCUGCGUCUCAGUCUGUGAGCCUACAGGUAAAUAUGUUGUCGUAGUGGCAGUAUUCAUAUAAAACCGGCC